AUGACCCGACUAUCCAAUACCAUCAUCGUCCUACUAGGAACUUCCUUGGUUCCAUCCUCCAUGGCAUUCAGCAGCAUGGAACAACAAGCAAAGAAACAACAACGACGCAGCAUCAGCUGGUCCGAAUACAAACACGACUUCAUUGAUCCGAUUGCAUCUGGUCAAGGUCAUGACUCAAACUUGGAAGGACACAUGGAUCCCGCACAACGACAAUCGUCCGAUCAAUUCUGGUUGGCCUAUUAUGCUCAAGAAAAGGAACGAUUGCAUGAGUUGAACAGUCAUGCUUCCGCCCAACAACAGGAAUCAUCCUCUUCGUCGUCGUCAUCCGGUUUGCCCCGAUCGGCUAGCUCCAAGGUAACUUCCUAUGACGUCUACAAGUCCAAGUAUUUGGAUCCCAUGUUGAAGAACGAGGCGCAUCCAUCUGGAUUGGACGGACCGCAUUUGGAUCCGGAAACCCGAGCUUCGGCCGACGAAUUCUGGUUGCAAGUGGUUUUGGAAGAAAAGGCCAAACUGCAUGGCAAAUCCUCCGCCACCCCAUAA